GCAGAAGCUCCACGGGGAAGGAGCCGGCGCUGCGCACGCGCCCGACUCGCCACUGCGCACGCGCCCGCGGAAGUGGGGGCUCUCUGGUACGGUUACUCCUCGGUGGGCGGGGCGGGAGACGGAAGGGCCGCGGUGCGCAGGCGCGUCAACGGCCCUUCGCGGCGCGCGCGCAGUUCGAUCCCUGUCAGGCGGGCUGGCAGCUGGGUGCCCCGCCCUGGGCUGGACCCACCCGGCUGUGCGGCGCCUGCCCGAGCACUGAUCCUUUGCGACCCUUGGUCCGUUCCUCCGUCGUUACGGGGAAUAAAUCUCACUCGAAACCAGAAACUGGCCCGCUCCUGGAAAGGGGUCAGAUAUUGCAGAUCCCUUCGUCUUCCAGUGGACCCCCAGCCCAUCAUCGGCGGCGUCCGCGGUUGGCAGUUUUGCCCGGCGUUCGUCACCUUGUACUACACAAAAGCCACUGCAAAGUAAAGUGAUUUCUGACAUGUUAUGGUUUUAACUUAUAAAUGUUUAAAGUAUCACAUUCUGCCUGUUUUAGGUGAGUGGAAUUUAUAAGGAAUCAAUGCUUUGACUACUCUGAUUUUUUUAAUUUAUUGUUUUCUUUCCACUAAUCUUCCAACUUGUAGUUGCAUGCCACUUUUUUCAAGGUGAAUGGUAGUUUUUGACACUUUUUUAGAAUACAGUUGAGUACUUACUCAACUGUAUAACCUGUGUUUCUCGUAUUUAAAUCAUGAAUUACUGGUGUUUCCAUAAGUAUCUUAUUUACUUUAGGUCAGUGGUUCCCAAUCUCUACUGCAUAUUAAAACUGCCUAGAGAGCUUUUAAAAAUCACAGUGCCCAGGUCACACCCAUACCAAUUAAAUUAGGAUGUCUGGUGGUAGAAGCCAGAUAUCAAUAUUAUUUAAAUGUUACUAGGUGAUUCCAAUUUGGAACAAAGUUUGGGAGCCACUGCUUUAGUUUACAUUCCUUCUUUCAGAUCUCUAACAAUGUUAAAUGAUAACAUUGGUCUCUAUCCACUGUCAAGUAUAUAAGGUUUGUUCUUGCAGUCUACCAUCCAUACCUUUAUGUAUGUCUACCCAUGAAUAGUGUGUAAGUAUUGUUUUCUUUUAUCUUGAAAAAUUGAUGUGAAUGGGUAGAAAAUCACCAUUAGAACACUAUAAAGUAAUUGUUAUAGGUAAGAUCCACUGAUGGGUGCUUAGUGGUUGAAAGUUUGAGGAGAAACAGGAUAUUUGCAUAGUCUCAAAAUAUCUCCCCUAAGAUAUCAGUUACAAAAGGAAAAGUAGUAACUUUACAGUGAGAAACCUGGCAAACGCUAUCUCAACGAAAUGAUCAUGGUUAACAUCACCAGUAAUAAGACAUAUUGACAUCUUGUACCUCCCAAUGUGAUACACUGAGAGGAGCACAUCACUUUCAUAAUAUUCUUGCUGAAAAUGCGUAACUUCAAUCUAAUCAAGAGAAAACAUCAGACAAACCUAAAUUGAGAGACAGUCUCACAGUAACUGACUAGUUCUCUUCAAAAGCGUCAAGGUCAUGAAAAACAAGGGAAGACUGAGGAAGUGUCACAGAUUGGAGACCACUAAGGAGACUUGAUGACUAAGAUUGGAUCCUAGAUUGGAUCCUGAAACACAAAAAAGACAUUAGUGGAAUAACCGGUGAAAUUCAAGCAAAAAAAAUGGCUGAUGGACAGGACCGGGUGGUUGUUCUAGUGGACAUGGACUGUUUUUUUGUUCAAGUGGAGCAGCGGCAAAAUCCUCAUUUGAGGAAUAAACCUUGUGCAGUCGUACAGUACAAAACAUGGAAGGGUGGUGGAAUAAUUGCAGUGAGUUAUGAAGCUCGUGCAUUUGGGGUCGCUAGAAGCAUGUGGGCAGAUGAUGCUAAGAAGUUAUGUCCAAAUCUUCUACUGGCAGAAGUUCGUCAGACACGUGGGAAAGCUGACCUCACCAAGUACCGGGAAGCCAGUGUGGAAGUGAUGGAGGUAAUGUCUCGUUUUGCUGGGAUUGAACGUGCCAGCAUUGAUGAGGCUUUUCUAGACCUGACCAGUGCUGUACGAGAGAGACUACAAAAGCUACAAGGUCAGCCUAUCUCAGCAGACUUGUUGCCAAGCACGUUCAUUGAAGGGUUGCCCCAAGGCCCUACAACAGCAGAAGGGACUGUUGAGAAAGAGGAGAUGCGAAAACAAGGCUUACUUCAAUGGCUUGAUUCUCUUCAAAUGGAUAACCCCACCUCUCCAGAGCUGCAGCUCACCAUGGGAGCAGUGAUUGUGGAGGAAAUGAGAGCAGCCAUAGAGAGGAAGACUGGCUUUCAGUGUUCAGCUGGAAUUUCACACAAUAAGGUCCUGGCAAAACUAGGCUGUGGACUAAACAAGCCCAACCACCAGACCCUGAUCCCACAUGGGUCAGUCCCACAGCUCUUCAGCCAAAUGCCUAUUAGCAAAGUCCGUAAUCUUGGAGGAAAGCUAGGGGCCUCUGUCAUUGGAAUACUGGGGAUAGAAUACAUGGGUGAACUGACCCAGUUCACUGAAUCCCAGCUCCAGAGUCAUUUUGGGGAAAAGAAUGGUUCUUGGCUAUAUGCCAUGUGCCGUGGGAUUGAACAUGAUCCAGUUAAACCCAGGCAAAUACCCAAAACCAUUGGCUGCUGCAAGAACUUCCCAGCAAAAACGGCUCUGACAACCCCGGAACAGGUACAAUGGUGGCUUUUGCAAUUAGCCCAGGAACUAGAGGAGAGACUAACCAAGGACCAAAAUGAUAAUGACAGGGUGGCCACCCAGCUGGUUGUCAGCCUUCGUGUACAAGGAGAUAGACGUUACAGCAGCCUGCGCCGCUGCUGUGCCCUUACCCACUAUGAUGCUCACAAGAUGAGCCAUGACGCAUUUGCUGUCAUCAGGAACUGUAAUACUUCAGGAAUCCAAACUGAAUGGUCCCCUCCCCUCACAAUGCUUUUCCUCUGUGCUACCAAAUUCUCUGCCUUUACUCCUUCAUCUUGCACAGACAUCACCACUUUCCUGAGCAGUGACCCAUGUUCAAUGCCAAAGGUGCCAAUUACUAGUUCAGAAGCUAAGACUCAAGGAAGUGGCCCAGCAGUGACAGCCACUAAGAAAGCAACCACUUCUCUGGAAUCAUUCUUCCAAAAAGCUGCAGAAAAACAGAAAGUCAAAGAAACUUCACUUUCAUCUCUUACUGCCACUGCCCAGGCCCCCAUGAGCAAUUCACCAUCCAAGCCUUCAUUACCUUUCCAAACCAGUCACGCUACAGGAACUGAGCUCUUCUUUAAGCAGAAAAGUCUACUUCUAAAGCAGACCCAGCUUAAUAAUACUUCAGUUUUCUUCCCUCCACAAAAUCCACGAUCCAGCCCUCAAGAGUUACCAAACGAUUUUGCAACAGAAUAUCCUGAUUGUGCCCCUGUCUGUGAAGAGGUGUUGAAGCUAGGAUCCUCUAGAGCAACUCCUGCAGAGAUGGAUUUGACCCAGAACAGCCCAAGCAGGCUUGCUUCUUUAACUUCCAAGUGUGCUCUGGAGGGAGCACAGAAGGCAACUACCACCCCAAGUCUCCUGGCUGCUGAGGACCAAAUGCCCUGUGAGAAGUGUGGCUCUCUGGUACCUGUAUGGGAGAUGCCAGAACACACGGACUAUCAUUUUGCAUUGGAGUUGCAGAAAUCCUUUUUGCAGCCCUACUCCUCAAACCCCCAGGUUGUUCUUGCCAGUUCUCCUCAAAGCAAAAGAAAUCCCAAGAGCCCUUUGGCUUCCAGUAGUAAACGCCCUAGGCCUGAGGGCAUGCAGACAUUGGAAUCAUUUUUUAAGCCAUUAACACACUAGUAUUGCCCUUAGGCUUGCUGUAGGGUUUUAAUAUUUUAUCUGUAACCUAGGAGAUGGAAAUAUGUUCACUUCUCAAUGAAAUUCGUAACUUUAUGAAGUUUUUAAUACGAAAAGUAAUCCAGCUAGAUGCUGAGUUAAGGCUCCCAUCUCUUCACAGGCAUGGAUUCUAAUCCCAUUGCUGAUAGAGAUGUACAAAUUUAUCUUCCAGAGAUAUAACUGCUUUGAGUUUUUAAUUGUUGGAGUUUAAGAAGGCAGCGUCAUAUAGUAAAAAAUGUGUGGGCCUUGAAGCCUAAGAGAUGUGAUUCCAAACCUGGCUCUGCCUCGUGGAAUAUGGCCUUGAGCAAGUCACUUUCCUCACUUUUCCCCAUCUGCAAAAUUGAAAUACCUUAUGGAUUAUUGAAGAUUAAGAAUGAUGUAUUUAAAGUAGGUAGCUUAAAGUUGGCACAGAAAAGGAACUGAGUAAAAAAAUGUUUUAAAAAAAAUUUUUCCCCUAGCUCUGUGACGGGGCAGUUCAGAUAACACCUCGACCAAAAUGUGAGGUUUGAGAAUGUGAGGUGAAGACUUGAAACCCUAAAGUGAUAAUUAGUUUAGGGCAGGGCUCUGUAUACAGAAGCUUUUUUUUUUUUUUUUUGCUGAGGAAGACCAGCUCUGAGCUAACAUCUAUUGCCAAUCCUCCUUCCCCACCCCCCCAAAGCCCCAGUAGAUAGUUGUAUGUCAUAGUUGCACAUCCUUCUAGUUGCUGUAUGUGGGACGUGGCCUCAGCAUGGCUGGAGAAGCGGUGCGUCGGUGUGUGCCUGGGAUCCAAACCCCGGGCCGCCAGUAGCGGAGUGCAUGCACUUAACCGCUAAGCCACGGGGCCGGCCCUACAGAAGCUUGUUAGUGAACAAAAAUUCAACGAGUAAACUUAAAAGAUCUAAUUGGUUUUAUUCAACGAUUCAUGAAUCGGCAGCAUCCCAUCUAGUAAACAGAAAGGUGCUCAGAUGAGUUGUACAAAAUGCAAGAUAUUUAUAGGCAGAAACUGGAUGGGACAAGAAAGUUAUUAGCAAAAGAAAAGGAUUGUUUCAGGCAAGGUCACCAGUCACCUUUCUUUGGGGAAAGGGUGGCAGGGUCUUAUCAGGCAGAUUACCUCACUAACGUUUUCAGGAAUUUCUGGACUUAUCAGUUUAAGGUCACAUUCCUGGGAGGGAAUGAAACUGCAAUUAAGUCUUGCUUUGCUGUCCUGGGUACAAGUGACUACACCUUGGGCCUGCUGUUUCUUUUAACAAGCUACUCAAUACUGAAUUUCAUACAAGUAAACGCUAUUAUAGCCACAAUUUUAGUCACUAGCCCUUCUGCCUCUUGCAUUUUGUUCUAAUGUAGAAUGAUGUUGUUACUGGACCAGUUCAGGAACUCUGUUUAGAUUGGAAAAGUCAUGAUCAGAACUAGAGCAUCUCUAGAACCUUGCUACUCAGUGUGGUUUUGAGGAGCAGCAGCAUCAGUGUCAGCAGGGAACUUGUUAGAAAUAGUCUCAGCCUCACCCCCACCCCUACUGAGUCAGAAUCUGUAUUAACAAGAUUCCCCAGGGUGUAUCUUAAAGUUUGAGAAAUACUGAUAUAUAAGAUACCAAUGGCUGGCCAGGUUUGUAGAGGGCAAUGACAUUUCCUUAAAUGCUGAAAUACAAAUUUAAGAGGUAAGUGCUUGGGCCUUCAGGGUCACUGGCAUGUUCAUCUCUUCCCUACUGAAGUAUGAAUAGUUUGCUUAGGGUUUUAAAUUAAUUAUUGGAGCUUAUUGUACUUGUCCAUGUUUAUAGUACUAUGUUCUUAAUCUUCAUUCUUAUUUGUGGAAAGUCAGUGUCUUUUUUGGGCUUUUCUGAUAUGGGAUACCUUGAAUUACACAGAGAACCCAAGUGAAGAUGAACUGAGCUAGGCGGUGGUGGUGGGGAAAGUGGGUACGGAGAAUUGUGUACAUAUCCCCCCUCCCAUACACAGAAACAAACCAACUGCUUUUGAAGCUUAUUUGUAAAUUGGGGGUCUGUAUUUAGUUUGAAGAAGGGGGGAAUGUUUGAAAACCACUGGGUCUAGCAGGAAAUUAUUUCUUCCUCCAAAAACAUUUUCCACUUUGGUGGCAGUUAAAUAUCUAAUAAAAGACAGUAUUCACAGGCCGCCACAGUGGCGUAGUGGUUAAGUUUGCGUCCUCUGCUUCGGCUGCCCAGGGUUCGUGGGUUCGGAUCCCAGGUGUGGACCUAGGCACUGCUCAUCAAGCUGUGCUGUGGCAUUGUUCCAUAUACAAAAUAGAGGAAGACUGGCACGGAUGUUAGCUCACGGCUGAUCUUCCUCACCAAAAAAAGAAAAAAAAGAGUAUUCGCUGUGUACAUGGCCCUUUCCCUACUAGAUUUGUAGUUUCUUGAAGGCAAGAAUUCUGCACAGUACCUUGCACAUAAUAAGUAUUUGAUAUUCACUGGAUGAAACAUACAUAGUGAAAAAUUUUAGAUGAUUACCAGAACUGGAAAAAUAAAAAUGUACAUACUACUGGGGGGGGGGGGAGCCUGCCUUAUAUGUUUUUAUCCUCCUAAAUAUUCCAUUAAUGUAGCAAAGUGAGUCACUAGUUCCUAGAGAUGUCUCAUUAAGUACAGAGAUAAUUUUCCAAAUUUCCUUACUUAAUCCAGAGAAAAGUUAAAAAAGAAAAAAAAAAAGCCUGAGAUGAAGCAAUCAUCUCCUUUGGGCGCUGUACAGAUCAAGCUGAACAAAUUUUUAACACCUUGGUUGACUGGAAGGAGUCAUACUGAAAAGUAAUACGGACUUCAUUGGACUUCUAGAGGCCAAGAUGGGUAGUGGGGGCAGGGGGUGGGGAACUAGUGGGUAAUCAAUAAGACAAUACCAGCAGCACACCUUCUGUUUUCUUGGCAAUGCCAACCCUGCCCCAGCACACUGGCAAUAAGCCUGUGGAGGGGACAGCAGACAGACAUGCAAAGGUCAGUGUUGGGUGAAAGCUACAGUACCUUUUUGCUGAAUAUAACCUUUCCUCAAAACUGUUUAUCAGCAACUGUACAGAAGGAAGUAAAUAGCUCUUAGUUCCCAACACAGGAAGAAGUUCUUCAACCCCAGGCUUCUUAGUAGCAAGUUAAACCAGUGAUAUUUCAAAAAGCAGCUGAGCUUGAGUGAUAGGGAAGCUAUCACUUUAAUACCUUGGAAUGCCCCAUGGGAGAUUAGGCCAUGUUUAUCAUUAAAUUUCUUUUGCAAAGAUCAGUACUCAAAAUGCAGACCCUACUUUUCCAGUUGACUUUAACCUUAGGCCAUAUUUCUCUACCCAUAAAAUGUGAUAGGUACAGGAAGAAAGGACUAAGGUUUGGCUAGGCAGCCCUCAGAGCUCCAAGAAGCCAGUUUAGGCUAUAUAAACCUCACUUCAGGCUAUUUUGCAUUGCUAGGAGAAGCGUGAGGACCAGAUUACCAUAUCUCUAAAUUCUACUCUUCAUUAAGUAGCUGGCAUGCUAAUCUCUAUAAAUUUCCAACAGGGCACAGUAGGGGGCUCCUUACUAUUGUGACCAUUAGCAAGUGUCCACUCCUCAAGUACAGGGUGGUUACCCAUCUCAGCUGAAAAGGCAGCAGUUUCAUUUGCUAUUCUGGUCACUCAAAGAACUAUGCAAAACAGGCCAGAAUACUUGGUCACAAUACUGGGACACUGAUUGCAUGUUGGGAGAGGAAAGGAAGAAUGGCGAAUGAGAUACCAGACAGGUUCUUUCCCCAUUCAGGGCUCAGCAGUGUUAGGG